AUGGAGGAAGGUGAAGAUGCAAUCGCAGGUGACUACAUCGACCUGGCAAUGACAGAGAAGGCCUUGGAUAUACUCGUAAAGAGAGGUAUGACCUUUGACCCUAAUUCGCCGGAAGCGAAGCGAGUCAGAUGGAAAAUCGAUAAGCGAAUAAUGCCUAUGAUAUUUGCGAUAUACUGUCUUCAGCUUAUGGACAAGAACAGCCUUUCCUAUGCUGCGAUCAUGGGCAUCAAGGAAGACGCCAAUCUGACCUCUAGUCAAUACUCGUGGCUGGGAUCACUGGUUUAUUUUGGCUAUCUUGGAGGCGACAUACCUGCUACAUACCUUAUGCAGCGUGUUUCUUUGUCCAAAUAUCUAUCCAUCAUGUGUAUGAUAUGGGGAGUCAUUGUGGCAUUGCACGCAGUGUGCCGCGACUUUUCUAGCCUAGCUGCGGUCCGAUUUUUCUUGGGUGCCAUUGAAGUCUCAACGGUACCAGUCGCCAUUUACAUCACUGGUGCAUUCUAUACCAAGGAAGAACAAGUUACGCGGGUCGCAUUAUGGUACACUACCUCUGGAUGGGCCGCAGUAUUCAGUGGUUUUAUUUCAUGGGUUAUGUAUCACGCAAGCAGCUUCAGGUGGCAGGGCAUUUUUGUUCUAUAUGGAUCCAUGACUUUUGUCACAGGCAUUUUUUUAUUUUUCUUCCUUGCUGCUUCUCCAACCAAUGCCAGGUGGCUGACCGAGGAGGAGAAAAGAAUCGCUCUUGACCGAGUGCGGUGUAAUAAGACCGGUACCGAGGUCUGGCAGUUCAGCUGGCCACAGUUGAGGGAGGCUCUAUUAGAUAUUCGAUUAUAUCUGAUGUUUUUCAUGUUGGUGGCAACUGGAAUGCCGAACGGUGGAUUGACUGCCUUUGGACCAACAAUUGUGUCAGGAUUUGGAUAUGAUGUACCUACCUCACAGCUUUUGGGCAUGGGGUCUGGCGCGUCUCAAGUAGCCGGUACAUUCCUCGCUCUCUUUGUGGCUAAAUACACCAGCCGUACCUUUGCUGGUAUAUUCACACUGCUCCUCGCAUCUGUGGGUGGUGCUAUGAUGCUUGGUAUUCCCAGCGACAAUAACGGUGCUCGCUAUGGUGGAUAUAUCUUGGUUUACCAGUUCCCGAUUUGCAUUCUCUUCAUCAUUACUUUCAUGACCUCUGGGUUGGCUGGUAGCACCAAGAAGUUUGCUUUUGGCUGUGUCUAUCAACUGGGCUAUGCGGUUGGCAAUAUCAUUGGCCCUCAGACAUACCGAGCUAAGGACGCGCCCAAUUACUAUCCUGCAAAAUACACCAUGCUUGCAUUUUUUAUUGUGACAGCGAUUCUAAUCGGCAUCUAUGGGGGUCUUCAUUACACCUGGAAUAAGAAAAGGGAGAAUCGGGAGCAUUUGCAACUAGAAGGUGCAACUGAAGGCGUUGAGAAUCAAGACCUCAUGGACAUGACCGAUUUUGAGUUGAAGUCUUUCCGAUAUCCAAUAUAA